AUGUAUGGCCCAUUUCUGAUAAUUUGUGGAAACCUUCUUGUCAUAACCUCCAUCAUGUAUUUCACACAGCUUCACACUCCUACAAACUACCUCAUCCUCUCUCUGGCUGUGGCUGACCUGCUUGUCGGAAUGCUAAUUCUUCCUUUCAGUGCCGUUCUGCCUGUCAGGUCAUGCUGGUGUGUUGAAGGUGUGUUGUGUAAAGUGAAAAACACCUUCGAUGUAUUCCUCUGUACAUCAUCUAUUUUGAACUUGUGUUUUAUCUCUGUGGACAGAUAUUAUGUAGUUUGCCAGCCUCUUGCAUACAAAACUAAGAUGACAGUGCGCACUGUAGUGAUCAUGAUCUUGCUGACCUGGACCGCUUCUGCUCUGCUUGGAGUUGGAACUACCCUCCGUGGACUGGACCCAGGGCAAUCUCACCAAAAAUACCAUGUAUUCCAAAUUCAAAAAUCAGCUGAAAUGGGACCAGUUUUUGCCUUUUAUGUCCCAACUUUUAUCAUUUUAAUGAUUUAUCUCAAGAUAUUCAGAGUGGCGCACAGGCAGGCUCGCAGCAUCCAGAACAACACAAAGUGUAAAGCAGGUGUCAGUAAAAUGGAGCGGAAGGCCACAAAAACUCUCGCGAUAGUUGUCGGGGUUUUCCUCUUGAGUUGGUCUCCUUUCUUUCUUUCUGUGUCAUUUUACCGCUUGAGUGGUAACACGAUCCAACUCACCUUGAUUGAAGCAUUUAAGUGGUUCGGAUUUUCAAACUCAUUGCUCAACCCGUUCGUUUAUGCUUUCUUCUACAAGUGGUUCAGGUCAGCUUUUAAAAUGAUCAUUUUUGUGAAAAUAUUUCGACAGGAUGUUUCCAAUGCGAAACUGUCUUCAUUUACUAUUUGCUAA